ACCAAUCAUCUAACCGGAUGACCCGCGCAGUACAAAGUUGUGUUAGAAAGUGGAUUUCCGUGUUACUUAAUAUUCGCGGCAGUUACUGAAUGCGUUUUUCAAAUUACUUACUGUGUGGAUAUUUAUAAACCAAGACACUCAUCUUAUUGAUCGUCAUUCAGUUUCCGGAUAGUGAAAAGAAAGAAAAUGGAUUAAUGUGCGAAGGAGAUAUCAUUUUGCAACAAGUAUAGAAACAAGAAGGCAAUAUGUCAGAAGAAGUGUUUACAGAGGUGAAUGGGCACACACAGGAUGCUGUGCAAGGAGCAGGUGACUCUGAAUUAUCACAGACUCCAAUUGGCACAGAAGAUAAGCCAUCAGAGACAGGAGAUGCGUCUGUUCCACCUUCUUCAGAUAAGCCAUCAGAGGCUGAAGAUGGCCCUGUGUCACCAUCCUCAAAGGAGGACCCUGAUGUCCUCCGCAGGUUGUCCAGCACAUCGGGCGGCUCUCCACCAAUGGUUGCACCGAAACCUAAAAGACCUACCUCUACAGUGAACGAUGCCGCUCCAGUUUACCAGCCCACCCAGUCCCACGGCGGACACAUGAGUGCAGAGGAGAUGGAUCAACAACGGAAACAAAACAUCGCAUACGAGUACCUCUGCCACUUGGAGGAAAGCAAAGUAUGGAUCCAGGCAUGCAUCAACGAGGAGUUGCCCCUGACAACAGAACUGGAGGAGGGGCUACGGAAUGGGGUGUACCUUGCCAAACUCGCACACUUUAUGGCCCCAACCAAGGUGCCCUUAAAACGUAUCUACGACAGGGACCAGUCGCGCUUUAAGGCUAGGGGCCUCCAUUUCCGGCACACAGAUAACCUGAACCAGUGGUUCAAGGCCAUGGAGGAGGUUGGCCUGCCAAGGAUAUUCUACCCGGAGACAACAGAUAUUUAUGAUAGGAAAAACAUGCCAAGGACAAUAUACUGCCUGCAUGCCCUCAGUUUGUAUUUAUUCAAGCUGGGUAUGGCCCCCCAGAUUGAAGACCUGUAUGGAAAGGUGAACUUUACAGAGGAGGAGAUCAGUGCAAUGCGACAUGAGCUGGACAAGUACGGCAUCCAGAUGCCCACUUUCAGCAAAAUUGGGGGAAUCCUUGCCAAUGAGCUCAGCGAGGAUGACGCCACCCUUCAUGCAGCCAUCAUCGCCAUCAAUGAGGCCAUAGAGACGAAGGUGGCAGCUGACAUUAUGACAGCCCUCGGGAAUCCUGCAGCCAGGAUUGUUGGAAUCAACAGAAAACUGGGGGAAGAGUACACUAACAGCCUCUACGAUGCCAAACACACCAAGACUGAGAAUGCCAAGAACAAGCAUGAGACACAGGAAGAGGAUGGGGGUAAAGAGUUUGACGUGUAUGAUGAGAUGUUGACGCAGGCCGAGUUACAGGGGAACCUUAACCUUGUCAACACUACAUUCACACUGGUGGAGUUGAACUCGGCCCUGCUGAGUGCAGACAAGGCUACAGUUCUAGCGAUGCUCAAGUCCUCCCACCUUGGCAUCAAGAAUGUGAAGGAUGAGAACAUCGAAGUGUACAUGGAGAAACUCGAGGAGGCCCGGCAGGCCAAGAAGAACAACAAUGGCGGUGCAGACCUUCCCCUUGACAAGGAAGACAUACAGCAGUGUGUUACAAUGGCAAAUCUGGAGGCUGACCUUGAAUAUCAGAAGAUGUUAGCAGUAACAUCCAUCAAUUCCUCCCUGGAGACGAAGGACAUGGCCCUCCUUAUGAAAACACUGCAGCACCCCAAGUCCCAGCUGCCACCGGUGCACGAGUUUGCUGGCUCUCUAUAUAUGACUGAAUUUACUAGCAUGAGAGAGGAGAAGGGAGGGGAUCUUGAUUAUGAGGAGGUCUUCGCUGCUGUUAGAGUUUUGUCAGCAGUAGCUAACAUAAACCGGUGUAUAGACACUGGUAGCGGGGAUGGUACCCUGGAGGCCCUGAAAGCGGACACUGCUUGUAUCACUAACUUGGAUGAAGAAAACAGUGACCGUUACCAGCAGGCCCUCGCAGAGGCCAAGUCAGCAAAACAGGGGGAUGAGUGUGACCUGCUGACCCACGGGGAGAUAUCAGACGUUGUGGAGCAGGUCAAUGGACAGGUGGAGGAGGAACAAAUGCGUAUCAUGGCGAUCUCAAAGAUCAAUGAGUACAUAGACCUUGGCCAGCCAGAGGAGACACUAAAGAUGUUGAAACUCCCAGAGGCUAAGCUGGAGAAUGUGGAUGAUAAACAGGCGUACCAGUACCAGGUCCUGCUGGUCAGGAAGAAGAAACAGAAGGCAGAGCACCAGAAGGUUGACAGUGCAGAGUUAUGGGUGGAUGAAAUACAGUCCAGUAUAGAUGAUGCCAACAUGGAGGCCAAACUUGGGGUUGAAUUGUCGAUGGGUGUAGCAGCCAUAAAUGAUGCCAUUGCUGCGGAUGACUAUGAGGCCCUAACUGUGGCUCUGUCUCUACCGGGUGUUGGGGUACAGAACAUGAGGCCCGACUGUGCACAUGCAUACCUUGAACAGCUACAGCAACUCAAGGAGAAGAAGGCUGAAUCUGGCCCAUCAGGCAGUGGCUGGAUGAUGAAUCGAACAUCAAGUGGGGCCAAGUUCUUCUUUAAUACCCAGUCCAUGGACUACCUGUGGAGCCGGAAUGAUGAUGUCAUCAAGGACCAUGGGCUCCUUACCAAGGAGGAAGUACAGGGUGUGUUGACGGAAGUUACAGAUGCAAGACUGCGUGAGCUGUUAUUUGAAGCCAAUGAAGAUUUCAUUGUCAAGGUUCAGGCACUGACCAGGGGAUAUCUGGCCAGGAAAAACUACCGGGGGCGUCUUACAUACCUCCGUGAACAGGAGCCUGCUGUUGUCAAAAUACAGGCCUAUUGGAAAGGUCAUCGGCAGAAGAAAGCAUACAAAGAAAGGCUUAACUAUCUAGCUGAUCACUCGGAUUCAUCUACCAAGCUGCAAUCUGCCUUGAGAAUGUGGCUGGUAAGAAAGAGGUUUUUGCAACGACUGAAGUACUUCAAGGAUCAUGAACCAGACAUAGUAAAGAUCCAAGCGUUCGUGCGAUCCAACAAGGCAAGGCACGACUACAGGGCUCUCAUGUAUGAGAAGAACCCCCCUCUGUACGUGGUCCAGCGGUUUGUCCAUCUACUGGACACCAGUGAUGCUGACUAUGCAGAAGAGCUUGAGCUUCAGCGUGUGAAGCAACAGGUGAUCAAGGAGAUCAAGUCCAACAAGCAGCUGGAGCAGGACUUGGACACCAUGGACAUCAAGAUUGGUCUCCUCAUCAAGAACAGGAUCACCCUCCAGGAUGUGGUGAUGUUGAACAAGAAGCUAGCAAAGCAGCGUGAGGCUGCCCAGGGCGGUAACCGUCGCAGUGCUGGGCUUCCAAAAGGGCUUAAGGUCAUGACGAAGGAGAGCCAUGACCGCAUGGAACAUUACGCAAACCUUUUUUACCUGUUACAAACUAACCCCACCUAUCUUGCCAAACUCAUAUUUGAAAUGCCCCAAGAUCGGACUACCAAGUUCAUGGAAUCAGUGAUUUAUUCGUUGUUUAACUAUGGAAGCAAUUUGAGGGAGGAGUAUUUACUUGCCAAGCUCUUCAAAACAGCUCUGGAGGAGGAAAUCAUUUCUAAGGUGGAGAAGAUUACAGACAUUGUCACAGGCAACCCUCUAGUCAUUAAAAUGAUCGUAGGAUUUAACAGGAACCAGCGUGGUCAAAAUGCCCUGAAGGAGAUGUUACAGCCGCUGGUGCUGGAGGUGAUCGGGGAUAAGAAUGUGAAGAUCAACACCAACCCCAUCGAGGUCUACAAAGUUUGGAUCAACCAGAUGGAGUCAGAGACUGGCAAGACCAGUGAGUUGCCGUACGAUGUAAGCCUAGAGGAGGCCCUGAAGCACAGCGAGGUCCAGCAGAAGCUCCGGGAAUCUACGGACCAGCUGCAGGCACUAACUGAUAAAUUCCUCAACGCCAUUCUACAGUCACUUGAUAAAAUACCGUAUGGUAUGCGAUACAUGGCGAAGGUUCUGAAGGCUGCCCUGGAGAGAAAGUUCCCGGACACCGAACAGAAAGAUGUGCUCAAGAUUGUGGGUAACCUGCUGUACUACCGGUACAUCAACCCGGCCAUUGUCUCCCCUGAUGCGUUUGACAUCAUCAACCUGACUGCUGACAAGGCCCUCACCAUGGACCAGCGCAGAAACCUCGGCUCCGUUGCCAAAGUGCUGCAGUUUGCCGCUGCUAACAAAGGAUUUGGUGGUGACUCAUCCUACCUUUCUCACAUGAAUGCCUAUAUAAAGGAAACACAUGAAAAGUUCAAGAAGUACUGUCUGGCAGCCUGUGACGUUGAGGAACCGGAGGUAAAGUUCAACAUUGACCAGUACACGGACGUGACUAUGAUCACCAAGCCUACCAUCUUCAUCUCGAUACAGGAGAUAGUUGACACACACCAGUUGCUGCUUGACCACCAGGAUAUUAUUGCCCCAGACAGCAAUGACCCGAUACAUGAGCUGCUAGAAGACCUUGGGGAUGUACCCACAGGACAUGAACUCCUUGGAGUGGAGGCGACGGAGAACGAGAGCCUUGAGGAGCAGAUCCACGCCCAGCUGGCCAAGACCGAGAUCACCCUUACCCUCACAAACAAGUUUGAGGUGCCCGACGAUGACCAGACCGAUAUAAAGACUCUCCUUAUCAGGACAAAGCGUAUGGUGGUUGAUGUGAUAGCGUGUCAGAGUGGGGACACCCUGGCCCAGAUUCUUGAAAUACCCACUUCUGAGGAUCAGGAAGAGCUACACAGCGCUCUCGUAAAAAAGAGAGAUUUAAGAGACCAGCGUGCAGCAAAGUCAGACGGGAACAUUGUGCGCCAGCAAUCCAUGUCGGGCGACUGCAGGCUUCCAUUGAAGUUGAUGAAACAGAAGAUCAAGAAAAGCUUGCAGAAUCUGGAGCUUGCCAACAUGGUGAGCCGGAAGGAUGGCUACCAGGAGAUUAUUAACCUCAUUGCUCAGGAUAUUAGAAAUCAGCGACGGUACAGGAACAACCGGAAACAGGAGUUGAACAGACUGCGGUUGACCCUGAAGUCACUGACAGAGAAGCGCAUGUUCUAUGAAUCUCAGGUGGAUUACUAUAACCAAUAUGUGAAGACCUGCACGGAGAACUUGCAACAGAAAGGAAGGUCGCACAAGUCAAAGGCUGACAAGCAUGCACGGAAAGCCCACGGUACAAUCAAAUACAGCGGGGGAAAGCUCAACGAGAAGGGAGUCAUACUGGAGAUUGAGGGGCUGAAACCUAAUCAGUUCAAGAAUGCUCAGUUUGAGAUAAAAGCCACAGCUGACCCAGGGUUAUUCGAGGUUGGGGCCAAGUUUAUGGGUGUUGAAGUGCAAAAAGUAGAAGUCAACUUCCAGGACCUCCUGCAGCUGCAGUAUGAAGGUGUUGCUGUGAUGGAGAUGUUUGGCAAGACCAAGAUCAAUGUCAACCUCCUGAUCUUCCUUCUCAACAAGAAGUUCUAUAGCAGCGGAAAGUAGUUCCUCUCCAACCACAGCAUUGUAGUGCCAUAUGACAUAUAGUUUCUGCUUCGUCUAGUAUGGACACUAUUUUUAGCUCAUCUUUUUGUCAGAGAAACAUCCACAUGUAGGUAUUGUGAUAGCCCUGGCAUUGUAUGUCAUAGGCAGUGGCAGCCUGGUUUUUGAAAACCUUAACCUUGGCUUUAAUUAGCUGGUGAAAAAGUGCAUUUACAAGUAUUUUGUUCAGAAUAAGUACACUGCAUUGAAUAAUAGCAGUUGAUAUUAUUUAUUACACAAAAAAGUGUUCAAGUCUAAAAAAAAAUGUUUGUUUAGGGUAACAUCCCCAACAUAACUAGGUAGGGAUUUAAUUUUUUUUAUUUUUCAAAUAUACUUUAUCAAAAUAAAUUUCUUGCAAAUAGCACUAUUUCCUGCAAAUGUCCCUCCUGAUAAAUUGUUAUUGAUAUGGAGCUCUUUUCUGCCAAAAUUAAUGACAGUUUAUGGUUAAACAAAAUUGAGUUGAUGGUGGGAAGCCAUUUUUGGUUGUCUUUUUUGGAAAAAGAUUACUAGGGUCUGAGGCUCUUAAAGGGUAGGGUGAGGUUACCCAAAGCAAUAUUUUUUUAGGCCUCAGCCUUUCAGGCAAGGUAUAAUAUACAUCCAUAUGGCAGUUACAUGACUGAUAAUUUUAUUCAAGAUAGAUGGCAACUAUUUUAACAGUGGGCUUUAUAUUUAGAAUGAGUUAUUGUGUCAAUCUGCUAUAUAUUUUUAGCUUUUAAAAAUGACAUUUUUUUACAAAUGGGACCAUUAUUUUCAUUUAUUAAUACAUGUACAUAUCUACUGUUGAACUUGUUUUUUAUAUAUAAAACAUGAAAGUGCAUCAAAUGGGCUUUAAUGGUAAUACUACUAAGUGUAUUGUAUGCAUAAACUUGAGUUUAAUGAUAAUACUUCUAUUAAGCGGUAUUUAUUCCUGAAAAUCUAUUUGUAGGAGUCUUUAAUAUAUUCACUGUACAUUCAAAGGGUAAAAAGAUUAUUGGCACUGUUUGUCCAUGUGAUAUUAGUUUACUAUGGUAUACAUGCAGCUCUCUUGUUACAUUUUUAUUGAAAUGAUUGUUAACACAUUUUAAAAUACUAGUUUAACAAUAUUUUGUUACUUAGUGCUUUGAACAUUUGACCUUUUAAUCCUGAAUCAUGUUCCUGUAAAUCACAAGAGAUAGUAGACCAACUUUUUGACUAUAUAUAACUAUAUAUUCAAGUAAGCUUGACAAGCCUUAUUUUUAUGAGUUCCAGGUACAUAUUUAACAUGCACUUUACAGCCUUUGUGUUUUUCUUGAAGCUCUCUUGUACUUAGUUGAGCACCUGUAUUUUUGUUAUUCAAUAUCAACGUCAUGUUUUGGUGUUUAAAAAUCAUGAGUUUAGACUAUAUUUUAAAGAGAGUCAAUGAUUUACCCUGCCUUACAUUGUGUAUAAUCACAGUACAUAUUUAGUAAUGCGUUAGUUUGAUGCAAAUGACUAUGUAAAAAAAGUGUGGAUAUAAGUAAUGUUUUAAUUGAUUGUCUUCCGCUUUUAAUUAAUGCGUUGGAAUUUUUAUAUGUUGUUUGGUCAAUGCAAGGGCAAGAAUCUGGACAGUUGAAUGGCCUAGUUGUUAUUGUUAACUUUUUUACAAUGUUUAACCUUUUUAAGUGCUUUAAACUAAUAGUUGUUGAUACUGUUAUUUGUUUUUUCAUGCUGUUGAUUUUUGAAACAUUACAUUACAUUGCACUAAUUAUAAGGUGCUUGCUGCCAGUUGAAAAAGAGUUUCAACACAAAGUUCUCGAAAAUUUGUGUUUCUUACUUAAAAUGGGUAUGCAAUUAAAAUGGAAAAUAUUCACAAGCAUUAUGUCAACCUUUGAAUUAACUGUAAUAAGUUGCGCUAUAUGAAGCGAAAACAGGUUGAACACAUACCUUUUUCUUUCAAUAUCAUUUUUAUUUAAAAUAAAAAAUUAAAAAAUAAAACAUUGAUUCUUUAGUAUGCUUAGAAUAAUAAAUGAACUUUUUAAUAAUUGUGCCCUGUUGAUAAUUCAUGGGAUUGCUCUAUUGACCAUUUUAAUUAUGUGCCAUAUGAUGUAUUUUUGAAGUUCAGCGCAAAAAUGUAUUAACAUACCUACUUGUGUAAAUUGCUUUUGCAAACAUAGAACGUUUGUUAAAUAAAUAUACUAGUAUAUUUCGGUUAUGGCAAGGGGAUUGCUCACAUGCAAAUUCAAAAAACAAAUCUGUGUCUUUUGUAGCCAUCGUCAACUACACCACACACUUUGUGUGAAGUAGCUUUUGGAGAAUUCCUUGUUGAUAUUGUGAUUUUCAAAAUCAAAAUUGUCCCAACAAGCAAAGCAUGUUGAUGAUUUAAUCAGAACUAGAUGUACAUCUGUCAUCAACAUUUUACCAUUUUAGAGUGUUUUGCCAUGAUUAUUGUCAACAUAUACACCAUUUAUUUCACACAUUAAUUAAAAUAUUUUUUCAGUAAUUUAUGUAUUUCUUGUAGUAUUUUCAUGAUUAUUUAAUAACAUAUUUAAUAAACUGAGUUAUUUUAUAAUUUAUCAUCAAUCUCCUAUUAUAAUUAAAAUCUGAAUGUUGUUGCUUAUUUUGCCUUGAUAGCUAGUCAUUUUUCACCUUUUAACUCGCUAAGUUCAUACAUGUAGCUGAUUUGUAAUUGUGCGUCUCUGCUGUUGAAGAUGUUAAUGUACUUUCCCUUUCUUCUGUUCACAAGUUUCUUUUCUGUUUUUCCUCUGUCAAUUAAUUGUAAAUUGAAUAUUUAACUGCACAAUUAUUACACAGUUAGAUGAUGCAAGUCUCAUAUUUAUAAAAUGUCCACUUGUUUAUUGCGAACAAGUGUGCUUCCUGGUUUAUCUUAGAAGAUCUGACAUACCUUGUAUGCGUCAUGGUUAUCCGAAGCUGUGUUCAAGUUUUGAUGCAAUAUUUAUUACACGUAUAGAUGAUUUGUACAAUUUUGCAAGAAGAGAUCUGUAAAUAAAUGCUUUAUAUUUCA